GUGAUUUUCAAAUGCCCCUAUGCUCAGCUAUGUUGGAACGACUGUUGGAAAGCUGGCCUAUUGAUCGAUGAUAAUUGUGCUCGGCCAUUCUCGACCGAUUUCUUUCGACUUUGAAAGCAGCAAAAUCGUAUUUCUUAGACGCCAUGACAGUUUACAACGCUUAUCAUUGGGAUUAUACCCUUCUGGCAGCGUUUUGUAUUCCAAUUGCGACAAUUGCAGUUAUCCUUCGUUUUGUCGCUCGUGCUCGAACUCAACAGAAAUAUGGCUAUGAAGACUGGUUCGCAGUGGUUUCCCUUCUAUUCUUUCUUGCCUUCUGCGGCUGUCUAAUAUGGGGUGGAAAUCAUGGCUCUGGCUAUUCUCCUCUCGAAUUACCAUAUCCUGUCUUGGUGAAAUUUCUGAAAGCCGAAUAUGCUUCCGGUCUCCUCAUACCUGCUUCAAUGAUGGCAGCGAAGAACAGUAUUCUUUUCCUCUACGCCCGUAUCUUCUCAAUCGAUAGGUCGUUCUCGAUAAGCAUCCGUAUUGUUGGCUUCUUGAACAUUAUCUGGUUCAUCGCUGCUACACUCGGCCUCGUAUUCCAAUGCAGACCAGUUCACAAGGCAUGGGACCCUAUUGUACCAGGCAAAUGUUUCAACUAUGCCGCCUUUAUGCUUGGUAUCGAAAUACCUAACUCGCUACUGGACUUUGUUAUGAUGGCACUUCCGAUCAGCAUGCUUCGAGAGAUGCGAAUAAGCGUACGAGAGAAAAUUAUCCUUGUCAUGAUAUUCAUGUUAGGCGGGAUGGUGGGUAUCAUUGGCUUUAUUCGUAUCGCACUUGUCUAUAAGUCCGUCCAAUCGAACCUCCACGAGUUGGGUCUUUGGGUUGGAAUACAAACGGUCAUGGCAGUCUUCUGCUGCUGUGUACCAACCUAUCGUCCAUUUAUCAAAGGAAUGAAGCUACCUAAGUCCAUUACAAGCCGUUAUGCUUCAAUGCUCGGUCAGCGAACUGGCUCUUCGAAGACAAGAUCAAACAAAUCCAGUCAAAACUCUGAUCCUUACAGUAAGCCACACCUCACAGACGGGAGCUAUGACCUAGGGAAUUUAGGACAUGAGGAGAGUGUCUUGACGCGUGUCGAAGUUGGCUCUAUGAAGGAUAACCACAGCAGCUAUCCAAUGAAGACGGUUAACGUUGAGAGCACGGUGGAGAUGGUCUGAGAUGCCUUGCUAAAAUUUAUUUCUUGUUUGCACCGAUACAGGGAGGGAGAGCAAUAUGCGCUUGUCUCAUUGUAAAUUAG